GAGCAGUCAGCUGAUUAGAGCGAGAGAGAGAGAGAGAGAGAGAGAGGACUCGAGGCAGUCAGUCAACUCCAGUAGAAACAGGCGUGAAGUGAUAGAAGUGGCUUAAAUUCCAAGUCCCCCUGGUGUUAUUUGGAGCAGAGCACGGGCAGCCAGCAGGGAGGGUGUGGCUGAGCAGACACACUCCCUCUCAGCCAUUGUAGUGCGGCAGUGGCAAGGCUGAAAUAGACUGACAUUACAAGACAUAACAUAAACAGGCUGACUCAUACACACAUACAUACACGAUCGUAGCUUUCCUUAUUAUACAUACUUCUAUAUGUGGAUUCAUACUCAUCCUGGCAUAUACGCAUUGUUUUUAAUUAUUUUAUACUACGUUUCUUUAUACAUUGAGUUUCUCACACAUACAUUGAUACACGCGUCUCUGAUACAUGAUACAUACACGUUAGGACUACAUAUACACACCUGGUAGUCUGAUUCAUGUAUACACCUUAAUAAGUACAUAUAUUUUUAAUACAUAUUUGCCACUACUGUUUUUAUUUAGUUUUGAUGUUUGAUGUGGUUUUGUUUUCAUAUUUACUGACUCCUGUGGUUAUUUUAUCAUUUCUUCGCUGACCUGACCUAACCUAAUCCAAACUUACAUUACCUUACCUUACCUAACCAAAUUUAACCUAAUCUAACCUUACCUUACCUUACCUUACCUUACCUCACCUCACCUCACCUAACUUAAUCUAACCUUACCUUACUUUACCAAACCUAACCUAACCUAAUCUAAUCUAACCUUACCUUUCCUUACUGUGUUACCUUACCUUACUUAACCUCUUUCAUACACACACACACACACACACACACACACACACAGCCAUGGACACAGAGACUGCCUUGCUGUGGGGGUUUGUGGUUCUGCUGUUGAUUGUCAUAGCAACCAUCAUCGGCCUGCUAGUUCACUCUGGCCUCUUUGUUCCUGUUGUGGUGAAGACAUGCAAGCCAGAUCUUGGAGAGGUUCAGAUUGCCUACAAGUUUGCCCGCGGUCCCUACAAGGAGUCUGGGGCGCUGUUUACUGAGAUCCACACCCUGCUGCCGGAGUACCGCACGGUGGGGGUCUACUAUGAUGACCCUAAAGUGAAACAGCCACAGAAGCUCCGGUACAUCGUGGGGGUCAUUCUGGCAGAGGGGAUGGGGGCGGCAGUCCUGCCCGAGCACCGCCAGCUGCUUGAGGAGAAGGGGUACCAGUUUACCACCUUCCCAGCCAUCGACCAUGCUGUCCAGACUUCCUUCCCCUUCAACAGCACCAUCUCCAUCAUUAUGGCUGUCAUGAAGGUGUACCCUGCCCUGCGAGAGUACAUAGAGGCGCGCAGUCUGUGUGCCCGGCCCUUCCUGGAGGUGUAUGACAGCAACCGUGCCGAGAUACUAUUCAUUGGCCCCCUAGCACGGCAGGACGACUUCUAUGUGCCAGAGGUGCUGCAGGAAGAGGAGGACACCCACCAGGAUGAUUAUGAUGACGACGCUCGGACUGACAACUCCAGCAGGUCCUGGGACGAGGCAUCCUUCAUGAGAGAGGAGGCAGGGGGUGGUGACGGCCCUGAGUCAGACCUGUCCGAACGUGAGGAGAGCAACACCACCACUACCACUGCUACUGCCACCACCACCACCACUACCACUGCACAUCCUCCACCACCUGUCUUCCAGUGUCCAUCUUCCUCAUCUCCUUCCAUUGAUGUUUCUCACACUCCUCCUCCUCCUCCUCCUCUGUCCUCUCCUUCCCCUCCUCCUCCUCCUCUUCCUUCUUCCUCCUCUUUUCCUCCUUCAUUACCAGAGGAUACCACUACCACCACCACUGCCACUACACCACCCCCUACUACCACCACCACCAGUACCACUGUCACUGCUACACCCCUGCUGCCGCCACCCAUCCCUGAGCCAGCUGAGCCCCUGGAUAUCGCUGACACAGGGUCGGCUGGGAGCGAGGAAAGUGAUGCCAAUACAGCUUCGUCCUUUGAGGAGAUUGAUGACCGAGAGGCUGCUGCCGCUGCUGCUGCCGCCGCCGCUGCUGCUGCUAAUGGUGGUGGUGAAGGCCGAGAUGGGAGUGUGCGGAAGGAUGAUGAUGAGGGGGAGCGAUAAGUGACGAGUGGGGAAGAUAGAGUGGAGAUUGAUAUAGAGAGAGAGUGAAGGGUAGGAGUAAGAAAAUGGAAUAGUUGAGAGGGAUAUAGGUUUAGAUAAGGGGUGGAGAAGGAGGAACAGGAUGAGGUACAUGUGAGAUAAAGGAAAAGAAGGUAAAGAUGGAGGAAAGUCACUGUAAUCAAGGUGUUAAGGUGUCAUGGAGAGAUGGCAGGAUGGAUUAUGGGUAAGGUAGAAAGGCAGGUUGCUUUAGGACGAGGAAAGAAUGAAGGAAGGAGUUGCAUCGUUAGUGAGAAAAUAAAACUAAAAAAAAAAUAAUAAAUAAAUAAAUAAAAAUAAGAAAUAGCAAAAAUAAGGACAUAAUCUUGGGUUGAAUAGGACAUAACUUUUAUAUAUCUUUUCAAUGAAUUAAGUGUCUAUUAUAUUCACUUCAUAUAUUAUUAUACUUCCAUAUGCUAUUAAUUUUGUUUUUACUUGCUAAGAUAUACAUAUUCAUUCAUUUAUUAUGCAAUGAACAAAAUAACAUACACACAAUUCCAUAUUUUAAAAGGAAUACACAAAUUUUAAACAAUACAAAUACUUUACCACACCAUAUCAUAUUGCAUCAUUGCAUUACCAGAAACAAGAUGAAUACUCUAAGAAAAACAAAAACUACACUUGGUUACGGAUUAAUGGAAAUGUAAUGUUAGAUAAGAUAUAUAGAAUUAAAGAUUUAAGAACAAGUACUGAAACACAGGGCUUAGUGGGGGCUGGGCAGGGCUGGUAGGGGCCUAUAGUGUGCAUGGGGGCUUAGAUUAAGAAGGGGCAGGCAGAUUUGAGAAUGCUGUGGGACAAAACUGGGAGAUAGGACAGAUGGGGAUAGGGCUUAACAAGAUUAACAGGGGGGUAAGGGGUGGGUGCAGGGUGUUCUGGGCUUAGUGAAGCUGUAGUGGAGGAGUGGAGGGCUGAGUAGUGGUAUGACUUGGUUGUAUUGGCUUGUAUCUCUACACUCCACUGUCAAAGGGAAUAAUGUACUACUAUAGUGUCCUGCAAUGCUGUGAUGACGAUGUAUUGUUAUUUACUACACUCAGUCCUUCCUUUGCGCUUGAUUUUGAUGGUUUAGACGCUGCUUAUCUCAUACUCUGGGUAGCAUAAAGUAGGUCAUAGAAAGGUGAUCUGUGGACAUUUCAAGCAUUCAAGAGUCCUAGCUCUGUAGAAUAAGACAUAAUGUUGAGACUGUGAAGCACACGGUGAGAAAACUGAUUGGUCUUACUAGAUAGAAGGGUGAGAGGCAGACUGUGUUAGAUGGUCAGUAACUCCAUGCAUGCCAGUUCACAAUACCUGUUUGUUAGUGUAAUGGGACAGCUAUGUGUGUGCUUGCUGCUCUGUUCUGAAGGGCCAUUGUGUCAUGAAUGAGUGUCUGAGUGUCACUACCUCCCAUAAUGCUUGUCAGGUAGCAUGGGAGGUGGUACUCAGUGCUGUGUUGUCUUUCAUGGGCCUGCUGCUGUGGGGAUUCCUGCUCGGCCAGACAUGUAUCUUUCCAAUGAACAAUAAGGGUUACCUGAAGGUUUGCCGUCACACUAGGAAAGGGAUUAACAAAGUCUUAUGGUGUUUGAUUGCUUCCUAAUCUUGUGUUACUGUGAUGGAUAAUGGUCUGAAUUAAAGCCAGUGGUGUGUUCGAUGACCUAAUCUUACUGACAUCAUUGUGUGGAGUAAGAAGUUAGCAAGAAAUGUUUCUAAGCUAAUCAGAUGUUUUUUAAUGGUCUAAUGUUACUUAUUGUUUGUAGUAGGAGGUUAGGAAGUUGUUACUCUCAGACACGAGUAAUGUUAUGUCACUGAGAGGUGUUGGGGCAGCGAUGGACAUUAGGGAUCAGUUUCCACCACAAAAACUUAUAAGCCGUCCAAUCCAAUAAGGGAAAAUGUGGACGUUUGAUGAAAUAAUGACAAUUGAGUGGUACUGGGUUGACUUAAGAAUGUCCUUCACUGUUGUGUGUGGCAGACCUUCAGGUUAUCCAAAGAAUUAACAUUACUUUGCAUUGACACCACUUAUGUGUAUAGAAUUAUAUGGUUAUCAGUUAUAUUCCUUCAUUUCCAAGGUGAAGUGUUGAAGUAAACUGUAUUUCAAGGGGAAGAGGAGAGGUUUUUGUUUGCUGUGUGGUGCUGUUGAGGGGCUGUCUGGCUGGCUUUGCUGCACUGCCACCACCACCACCACUAUUACCAUCAACACCACCACCAUCAUCACCACCACCGCCCCAGGCCACCUCUUCUGCCACACCGUCACCAGUCAGUCAGUCAGUCAAGCCAUGUUGUAGUCAGUGCCACUGUCCUGUCUCUUGCUGUGGGCAUUGGGGUGGGUGUGUGUGUGUUUGUACUUAUUCAAGCUUCUAAUAAGAUUUACAUACAGUAUUGGCUAAAGAAAAGGAAGAAGGAAACAAAAAAAAAGGAAAUUAUGGGGAAUGUGAGUGUUUUCCUUCCAUUGAAGUUAUUAUUAAGAGCAGUGAAUUAUUGUGAAGUUCAGUGUUUAUUCCACCUUUAGUACAUUCUGAAGUGAGUGAAAAUUAUUAUUACGUCCAAAAAUUAAAUGGGGUUAAUUCAUGCAAGAUUGUGGCUUUUGUGAGCACAUAUCAAGAGUGCUUCUAAGUACCCCGGGUUAAAUUUCCUUGUGUUAGUGCCUGUCAUGUCAAAUGUACUACUACUACUACUACUUCUGUCUAUACAAUUUUAGCAACAAAAUAAACACUACUAAAUUUGA